UUUUCUUUUAUAAAUCAUGAACACAUUUUAAUUUUAGAUGAUGCUGAAGUCACAAUCUCUCCGGGCUGCUAGAAUUUGUAGAAAUAAGUUAACAUUUCCGAGGCAGUUUUUGUUGAUUUGACAUUGCGGUUGCUUGCAGUAUGGAAAUCACCGUGGGAUUUUACGAAUUAGAUACAUUGUUGGGUGCGUUUGGGUUAACUGAACCUUCUUCCACAAACAGUACACAGUCUCAUUUGUGUCGUGCUAAUGAUACACAUGAGGAAAGUGAAGAUGAAAUAGAGACCACAGAUAACAUUGACACCCACGUUAGCAGGUAUUUAUCACAAGAAUCUGUGACUUAUCAAGUAGAUCCUGAAAAUGAUGAUCCACAGUUUGACUUAGAUAAACUGGACAGUGUUUAUGACAAGGGUUGUGGGUGUUCUAAGAACUGUUUCUUGCAGUUUUCUGUCGAAGAAAUUAGAUCAAAUAUAUAUAAUUUGAGGGAAUUGACAAAAACAGAAAAGGAGUUGUUAAUUAUGGGAACAUUAAAAAAAGUCGGAAAUGACCAGAGAUGCAGAAGUGGUGAAAGGAAACGUGUACGCUAUGAAUACAUCUUUAAUGGUAUUAAGAUAUGUCAAGAUGCUUUUCUUGUAAUUUAUGACAUAGGUUUAUGGACAGUUAGAGCUCUCCUGAAACAUAUGAAAGAAAAAGGCGUUCAACCUCGAGUUCAUGGGAAUUUUGGUAGAAAAGCACCUAACGCGUUUUCGCAUGAAACCAUUAAAGAUGCAGUGCAGUUUCUCCUGAAUUAUGCUAGUGAGGAAGGGCUUCCACAGCCAGCAGCUCCACGUGGCCGGGGAGAAAAAGCACCGGUCUACCUUCCUUCAAAAAAUACUAAGCUUUCCAUUCAUCAAGAAUAUGUUACAGCAUGCAGUCAAAUUGAAAAGCAAUAUGUUGGCCUGUCUACUUUUAAAGAUCUAUGGAAAAGAUGUGUUCCUCACAUUAAAAUAGCUGCUCCAAAAGAUGACGUAUGCAAAACUUGUGAGGAUUUUCGCCAAGAUAUACAGCUAGCAAGAACAGAAGAUGAAAAACUGUCUGCCACAGAGAAAUAUCAUAAUCAUGUAUUACAAGCUAGGAAAGAAAGAGAAAUAUACCGGGAGUGUGUUGAAAGAUCAACAAACAUGUUUGAGAGAUUAAGGCGACAAGACGAAAGAAGUGGAGACAACUUUUCAUGCAACGACAGAAAAAGGCCGACAUACUUUAUUCAACCCAGAAAAAUCCUGAUCUUUGGAUACAGAGUGGAUGGAGACAAACAGUACAACUUCCUUAUUGAUGAGAAUGAGACAAUAGGACGUGAUGGCCAACUGGUACAUGGACCUGACGCUGUAAUAUCUAUGUUAGACCAUGCAUUUGCCAACUAUAGUCUGGGUGAAAAUGAGUGUAGCUUGCAUGCAGACAACUGCUUUGGUCAAAACAAGAACCGUUACGUCCUCGGUUACCUGUCUUGGAGAAUUAUGACGCAGCGUCACCAGAAAAUCACGUACAUGAUGCAACUUCCUGGACACACACGGUGUUUGAUCGAUGCAGGAUUUGGGAACAUUAAGACACUGUACCGUAGGAAGGAUUGUGACACAUUACAACAUAUAGCUGAAGUCGUUAGCAACAGUUCCCAUAGUAACCAGCCUGUUACCUAUGGCGGAGGUAGUGGAUGGGUUUGGAAGGCAUGGAAAACUUUCAUUGGUGAUAGAUUUAAGAAAGUGCCAAAUGUCGCAAAAUAUCACUUCUUCCGUUUUAGUUCUGAGGAGCCAGGGGUUGUAUAUAUGAGGCAGUCAGCUGUUGAUGAAAACGAGGUGCGCUUCGUUAUUUGCAAAACGCAACUGUUGGAGAUGGCCAGAGAUGACGUCCCGUCUCAGAUAGUUCCUCCCGGUCUUUCUGCUGAACGUGUGCGUUACCUGUACCGGCACGUGCGUCCUCUAGUCAGACGACCAUUUCAGGAUGUUUUAUGCCCUGCUCCAGAAGAGUCGUAAAGUGUUCGGACUGUUUUAGUUUAGUUUUAUAAAUGACAGUUAUAAAUGACAAUUAAGUAAACAUGUGUUAUUUUAUGUCGCUAUGAAUGAUGCAUUUAGAUCAUCAAAUUAAAUAAAGACAAAAGGUUUACAUAGUUUUAGUUUGACAAAAUGGUGUUGAAUGGACUUAAUUGCACAAAGAUAUACAUAACGUCGUAAGAACGUAAUGUAGACGUUUAACGUUUUAAACGACGUCAUGUACUUCCACGUAACGUCACUAGGCAUUCUUACUGCCAAAAUUAUAUUAUUUUUUAACAUUUUUGUACCCUGUGAUGUCUACAUUUUCUUAAAGCUAAUGAAAUGGGCAGUUUGAAACUGUAAAAAUCUAAAAAAGGUAAAAAAUUACCAUAAGACAUGAAAAUGCUUGACGCGGCUCACAGUUUU